UCUUUAUCUUUCUGGCUUACUUCACUCUGUAUAAUGGGCUCCAGUUUCAUCCAUCUCAUUAGGACUGGUUCAAAUGAAUUCUUUUUAAUGGCUGAGUAAUAUUCCAUUGUGUAUAUGUACCAUAAGUGAGGAAGAGGACUUGAGUGAAAAAUUGCAUGUUCAGAAUCUUCCCAUUAAAAGAGGAGGACUAGAGAGCAAAUGUGUGUAUGACAUCCUUAGGUAAAAAGCCAGACUUCAUCAGGGCAGUUAUACACACUAAAGGCACAGAAAAACAUUUGCUGAAAUGAAGGGUGGUUAGCAUUUUUGGUCUUGAGUGGGCAUUUUACCAUCUUGCUUAAAGGAGGUUGGGUAAACUUUUGGAUAUUGUUCAGCCCUAUGUAGGAGUCAAACAUUUCCUGAUCAAGGUAAUCCUGUUCUUUUCACCUGACAGUCUGAAUCCAAGCCAGCUUGCAACAUUAAUUCUAAUGCCACGCUUGGUUUCCUUGCUUUUUUGAAAGAGUUUGAAGUGUUUAAAAUGCUUGGCUGACAGUUUUCAAUAUUCCAUCUGAUACUUGUAAAACAUUUAGAACAUGAAGUAUAAAGCUUUCAGCUGUAUAAAUUCUGUAUAAAAGAAGUGUUAGAAAUAAGUCUUAAGAUUUUAGUUUAUUACAUAACUUUGAAAACAGCUGUUUUUUUUUUAAAUGCACUUGAUGGGGUGAGCUCAGGGAAUGCUAUUUGCGUUGUUAGAUGAAGCAUUAUAUAUGUUGACACCAUUUCUGCAGAUAUGGUUGUCAGUUUCUUUGAGUGAUUCCCCCACCCUCCUCCCAGUUAGUGGCUGACUAAGGACUGGGAGCAAGAUAUAACUUGCUGGUGACUGUGAUUAUAAAUGAAGAUUUAAUCACACAAUUGUAAACCCAGAAGUCAGAAGACACACUUUUUCAUCGCUGGCUCUUCUACUUAGAUGACUUCACUUUCAAUGAAUUUGUUUCCUCCUCCAGUAAAAUUGGAGUAGAUUUGAUAGUAGCCCUUCUAUCUACGUCACAGGAUUGUUGUGAAAAUCAAAUAAAGAAAAUUGGCAGUAAAUUCAGCAGCACUUUAUGUGUAUGAUUACAUUAUGUAUGGUGCUGAUAAUUUGUCACUGUUUAGUAAAUAAGUCGUGUCCGACUCUUGUGAUCCCAUGGACUGUGUAUUUCCCACCAUUCUCCUCUGUCCACCGGAUUUCCCAGGCAGGAAUUCUGGAGUGGGUAGCUGUUUCCUUCUUCAGAGGCUCUUCCCGACCCAGGGAUCAAACCUGAGUCUCCUGCAUUGGGAGGUGGUUUCUUUACCACUGAACCUCCUAGGAAGCCCAGUAUUGAUAUACCCAGCACUUAAUAAAGCAGCAAAAAUAGUAUGUGCACCUCAAGUUCCCUACUGCUAGAAUUGAGAUGAGAAAUAACGAUGCCAAGUUCUACCUACUGUGUACCUGUAUCACCUUGGUGAUAAGAAAAGAAGCUUAUAAGUUCACAGAAAAAACUUUACAAUGCAUUUUUCCCCUGACAUUCCUUAUUUUCCCACUUCUAUAGUAGAAAGAACACUAAUCUGAAAUGGAGGAAAGAGUUCUGAUUCUAACACUAUUGCUUAAGUUGGACUGAUCACUUUAUCUCCCUAUUUCUAUAAAUAAAAGAUUAAAAGCAUAGACUUGAAAAUCUGUGUUCAAGUUAGAUCUCUGUUCAACCCUGUCACUUAUUUACUAUUCCUCUGAUUUAAGUUUAUGCCUCAAUUUUCUUAUCAGUUGUUGUUUAGCCGUUAUGUCCUGUCAAACCCUGCAAUGGCUCCUUUGUCCAUGGGAUUUUCCAGGCAAAUACUGAAGUGUGUUGCCAUUUCCUUCUCCAGGGGAUCUUCCUGACCCAGGGUCCCAACCUGUGUCUCCUGCAUCUUCUACAGUGCAGGCAGAUUCUUUACCACUGAGCCACCUGGCAUAUUUCACCGUCUGUGAAAACUUCCCUGUAAUUCAGUUUUCCUCUCUCCAUUAUUAAGAAUUACACCAAAUUAAAAAGAUAUGAAUGAAUAUCCUAAAAAAAGAAAAAGGAAGACUUUACAUCCUUCUCGUUAUUCAGAUUCCUCUGGAAUAAGCAGAAUUGCAGAUGGAUUCAAUGGAAUUUUUUCGGAUCAUUGUUACAGUGUUUGUUCUAUGAGACAACCAGACUUAAAAUAUUUUGACAACAAAGAUGAUGAUUCUGAUACAGAGACAUCAAAUGAAUUGCCAAAAUUUACUGAUGGAAUCAAAGCCAGAAAUAGAAAUCAAAACUACUUGGUUCCCAGUCCUGUACUUAGAAUUCUAGACCACACUGCCUUUCCUACAGAAAAAUCUGCUGAUAUUGAAAUUUGUGAUGAAGACUGUGACUCCCCUGAAUCGGUCCACCAGCAAACCCAAGAGGAGAGCCCCAUAGAAGUUCACACUGCUGAAGAUGUUCCAAUUGCUGCAGAAGUACAUGCAAUUUCUGAAGACUAUGAUAUAGAGGCAGAAAACAAUUCCUCUGAGAGUCUCCAAGACCAAACUGAUGAAGAGCCACCAGCUAAACUUUGCAAAAUUGUUGACAAGAGCCAAGCUUUGAAUGUGACUGCCCAGCAGAAAUGGCCUUUACUGAGAGCUAAUAGCAGUGGCCUCUAUAAAUGUGAACUUUGUGAGUUCAACAGCAAAUAUUUUUCUGAUUUAAAGCAGCAUAUGAUCUUGAAGCACAAGCGUACUGAUUCAAAUGUGUGUCGAGUAUGCAAAGAGAGUUUCUCUACCAACAUGCUUUUGAUCGAACAUGCCAAACUUCAUGAAGAAGAUCCCUACAUAUGUAAAUACUGUGAUUAUAAGACAGUAAUUUUUGAGAACCUCAGCCAGCACAUUGCAGACUCCCAUUUUAGUGAUCACCUUUAUUGGUGUGAGCAAUGUGACGUACAGUUCUCCUCAAGCAGUGAGCUCUACCUGCAUUUCCAGGAGCACAGCUGUGACGAACAGUACUUGUGUCAGUUCUGUGAACAUGAGACGAAUGAUCCAGAAGACUUGCAUAGCCACGUGGUAAAUGAGCAUGCAUGUAAAUUAAUAGAGUUAAGUGAUAAGUAUAACAAUGGAGAACAUGGACAGUAUAGCCUCUUAAGCAAAAUCACAUUUGACAAAUGUAAAAACUUCUUUGUUUGUCAAGUAUGUGGGUUUCGGAGUAGACUUCAUACAAAUGUUAAUAGACAUGUUGCUAUUGAACAUACUAAAAUUUUUCCUCAUGUUUGUGAUGACUGUGGGAAAGGCUUCUCAAGUAUGCUAGAAUAUUGCAAACAUUUAAAUUCACAUUUAUCUGAAGGGAUUUAUUUAUGUCAAUACUGUGAAUAUUCAACAGGACAGAUUGAAGAUCUUAAAAUUCAUCUAGAUUUCAAGCAUUCGGCUGAUUUACCUCAUAAAUGUAGUGACUGCUUGAUGAGGUUUGGAAAUGAAAGGGAAUUAAUAAGUCACCUUCCAGUCCAUGAAACAACUUGAUUGUUCUCUUUAACUUCCAUAAUGUUGAUGUGAAAUAAUAAAUUCAACUAUUUUGGAAAUGUUAAAAUGGAUGAUUUUAAACACAACUUGUGAGAAUUGUCUUUAACAAGAUCUUUUUAAUUGCCAGUUUUCUUGGCAUUGCUGCCUUUUCAGUAUAUAGUUGUAUCCUAAAUGUGGUAUUUUCAAUGCAUUUGUAGUUUUAACCACUUUUGGUGACUGUCAUCGUGUUUAUUGCAUGUGCUCUGAAUUUAUGAGUUGAUAGGAAACAUACAGUAAAGAAACUAUAGUUUUCCUUCCAUAAAUAUAGGUGUUACAAACUUUUUCUUCUUUAAACUCAAAACAAGAUCAGUCUUUCAUGGAUGAAGUCAUUAAAGUACUGAACUUCCAGAGCUAAAGUGCAACAUAAUGCACAGUUAAGUCCACUGAUAUUCCCAUUAACAAGAUCCAGACCCUGCUUUUGCAUUCCCCAGUAGUUACUCUCCCCACGACAGUCAGUGAACUCUCCGUCUGUGUGAGUCUUUCAGUGACACUAGGAGCCCCAUGUUACGGUAGGAAGGAAAGAUCUGAUUUUCUUGGCAAUCUUUUUUUUUGUAAUCCUUAUUUUAGCCCCAUCCAUGUGCUAAAUAAUCGUAGAUGGGGAGGAACUGAUAAGGGGUUAAACAAUAAAGGAACAUUUCAUAACUCAUUUAUAAAUGAAACAGGUCAUUUUUAAUCUGUUCAUAUUUCAUUUUCACUUAUGCAACUGCAAAGUCAUGCCUGAACUUCUGAUACCAAAUCAUUUGUUUCUGAGAAAACCCACUGAAGUAUUAAAAUAGAAAUAGGAGGGUAUGAGAGAUUGGGGUUGCUAUUAUGAGAAGGUAUAAAUUACUUUUGAUAAUGGUAAAGCUGUCUUAGCGUCUGUAUUUUCUGUGGCUGCCAUAACAAAUUACCAUAAACUGAGCGGCUUAAAAAGUAGAAGUUUAUUGUCUCACAGUUGUAGAGGCUAGAAAUUCAAAAUUGAAAUGUUAGCAUAGUUGGUUCUUUUCGAGAGCUGUAAAGGAAGAAUCUGUUCUCGGCUGCUCACCUUGACUUGUAUGUGGUCAUCUUCAUGUGUGAUCUCCCUGUGUCCAAGUCUGUCUCCCUUUUACAAGGAAUCAAGCAGUCAUUGGAUUAAGGCUUACCUUGCCAAGCUCAUUUUAACCUAAUAAAGACACUAUCUCCAAAUAAGGUCGUAUUCCAUUACUUCAACAUAUGAACUGGGGAGACACAACCACCACAAGUGAGUAACAGCUUCUUCAAUAGUAUCAAGAAGAUGGUAUUUUGUGCAUCAUUGGCCUCAAAUAUAAGAAACUGCUGCUAACAAACUAUUGUCACUCAGGAAUAUUAAUAUAGUUGACAAGACUGGUUUAUGACCCAUGGUUUUCCCACCUUGAGACCCAUGGGAGUUUAGUCUGUUUUGUAAAUUGUGACAGCAAUAAGUUUUUCAAAACCAUUUUUAUUUCCACCCUUUUGUCAUAUAUGCAUACCUGUAUUCCUAGAAAUUACCAUUCCAUCUAAUUAUAACAUUCCAGGUAGGGCUUGUCUGAUAAAAACAUUUCUUAGAAGACUUAAAAUUGUAAUUAAAUUGGAAGAAAACCUUAGAAACCAUCUGAUCUACACCCUCUUGUUUUCUUUGUUUCUUACAGAAACAGGUUAUUAUUAGGCCGAGGUCACAAAACCAGUUAGAGCAGACAGGAGUGGAAUCCAAGUUGUUUGGCUUCCAAUCUAGUGAUGUUUCCAUUACACCAUGUUAUAAAAAUCUGAGCUUUGUCCUUGGGAUAUUUUUCAUGACUACUUAUCCUAGCCAAGAAUUGCCUUGGUAAUUCGGUUUUUAUACUUUUUCAAUAUCCAUUCAGCUUCAGGAAUUUGAUUUUCAGAAAACAAACUUUAAGUAAUGACUUGGUUUGUUUUUAUUUUCUAAUUGUGUAUCUUAUAGCAUUACGUUUUUGAUCAGGCAUUAGUAAUCAAAUUAGAGAUUGUAAUGGAACCACUCGAGACAUUAAAUCCAAGUUUUAGAACCAUAUAAUCUGGUGCUUUUUUGAUGAAUCUGCAGCUUGAGGCCACAUUUUACUGCCACUUUGUCCAAUAAAAUCUUGCUUUGACUCAGCUUUCAAAUAAGCCUAUAAGUGACCAUUAAAUUGCUGUGGUAGCAAGUCUAUAUUUUUGGUUUAAUGAACUUCUUUGGAAAAACAAGCCUACCUAAAAAGAAAAUUUUCUAACUGCUUCUGGAUUUUUUCUUCUCAAAGGCAUUUCCACUGUACUCUUGUGACUCGAGAAUACAUAACGGAAUACACAAUAGAAUUAUUGCCAGCGGUGAACAGUAGUGAUGGAUCUUUUUUUUUUUCUUUCAUCUUCACCUUGAAAUGAGUGUUACUUGAAAAUGGUGUGGUAUUCAAAAGCCUCUUUUCCUGCUUGUAAAUCUGCCAGUUUUUGCAUUUUAAAUGGCCUUUCAUAGGUUCCUCUGAAUAUGUACCGUAACAUACUAACCAGUUUCCUUUUUCCACAGGGUCCACAGCUUGUUAGGUGAUUGCUGAAUUAUUUGCAGGUGUAGUAUAUACAGGUUUCUGGGGGCUUUUUCCCCUAGUAAGCUAACAAUAUUCCUCAUUUUUAAAUCUGAUCUUCAAAGCAUUGAAUUACUUAAGUCCUGGCACUUUAUCUUAGCUUGUUUUCUCAGUCUUACUACCUUUACAAGCAGGUUAAUAUAUCCCCCAAACUACUGUGAUUAAUUUGUAAUGGAUUCUGAUGACUUAAAAGCACUAUAAGUGACAUAAAUUUGAAAAAGCUAAUAAGAAUCAACUAACCACAAUCCUCCUGGGAAGCAGAUUGACUUAAAAUAAUCAAUACUACUUACUUAACUGAAAAUAAAUAGUUAACGAUUAACCGUAAAUCCCAACAGAGAAGCAAAUUUGGUUAGUCAGUUUUACACUACAAUUAACAGUCUCAUCCCUGUAAAUUAAAAAUGAACUUUUGAAGAUACAGUCUUCUGUAACUUUCAGUUCUGAUGAUUGAAGAUACAGAAUAUCUUUUAGAAUUUCUAUUUAUGGCAUUGCGUUUAUGGAUUUUAAAUAUACCUUGUAUUGGUUUAGCUUUCCAUAAAUUAAUAACAUUCAAAUCUAAGAGAAAGAAAUGUGUAUAUUUAUGGUGUAAAAUAUAAAUACACAAAGCUUAGAAGUUGUCACAUGUAAUUUACAUGUUUAUAUGAAAUUACAUGCUCAAUUUACAAGUUUAAAAAACAAAAUUUUAAUGGUGUUUGCUCUAUACUAAUGAUUUGAAAAAUACUUUUCUAUACAAAGAUUUUCCAUAUUAAAGCAUCACCAUGACUUCCUUACUAAGUCCGUCCUCUUUAAUAACCUUGAUAUUAAACUAGUAACUCCCUGAACCUAAAAUAAAUCACAUUUGUGAAAAGUAAUUUUUUUAUUGUAAAAAGAAACAAUUUUCUCACAUUGCUAAAUAGGAAUAUUGUAUUAUCUACUGGUUUUAUUCACAUAUUUUAAAAAGAAUGACUUUAAAUUCUUUUUUUAAAGGAAUUUUUGUUGUCGUAACCAUUGAUUGUUGUUUGAGUUUUAAAUAGGCAAACAGAUAUGACCCGGAAAAUCUUUUUUCUUGCUGCUAAAAAUACUGAACUGAAUGAAUUAUACAUUGAAAAUUUUAAUGAAAAGUAUAUUUUGAAUAAAAACGUUUUCUAGCUUUUAAUAUCUAGGUAUUGUCUGCUACUGAAAAACAUUACAGAUGAAAUAAUUGGUAUUUUUGCCCUUAUUCUUCAGAGUAAGUUCAGAUUAGGAAUUGGAAUCAAAUGAAAAUAACAUAGAAGCAUCAUUUCUGGUGGGUGAUGGGUUGUUUUUUGUUUUGUUUGGGGGAGGGGUGUUAGUUUUUGUUUUUGAUCCUCUGCCUAAAUACCAUUUACCAUGAUGUUUUGGAUUUCAGUUGGCUGAAAUGUGAGAGUAUUGAAUUCUUUUUUCUUGCCUACCUUGCACAUUUUAUUUAGGGUUAUCACUUCUCUGCUAUAACCUUAUGUUUCUGAAAUAUAUUGCUCAAGCUAUAUUCUACGACUGAUUACUCUUCGCUUUGCAACCCUUUCUCACCUCAUGUGGAUUUUCAGAAAGUCUCAAGAGAGUAAAAUUUUCCCAGUUAGCAAGGAGAGAGUGGAUGUCUUAAUUCUUCCUUCUCUGUAUUCUCCAAACUGUUAAAAUAAUUUACUCCUUUCAUACCAUAUACCUCAUCACUCACUUCUACACCCUGUAAAUAUUUUAUUAUAUCCUGUCUAACAGAAUUAGUGAAUUUGUAAAUUUUAAUGUGUCUAUUUUAGAUUUUUAAGAAGCAGAAUAUCAUGGCACUUUUCUUUCUGGCUGUGCUACACAACUUACGGAAUCCUAAUUCCCCAACCGGGGACUGAACCCAGGCCACAGCAGUGAAAGCGCUUAGUCCUAACCACUGGAUGGCCAGGGCGUUCCCUCACAGCACUUCUUUAUGGUUAUAAGAUUAUAGUUAAUUGCAUUCUUUAUUGAACAACUAAAUUGCUGAAGUAGAAAAACUAACACAGAGUGACAGAAUGUUAAUUUGGAAGGAACCUCAGAAAUCAUCUAAUCCAGACCCAUAAAGCACAUUACAUAAAAAUAAUUGUAUAUGGUACAUUAUUUUAUGGUUUUAAAUUAUAUGUUGUAAAAUGUAACACAUCAAAUCUCAUUCCUGAAUAUUUUUACUUAGGACAGAACUAAUUUUUUUUUUUAAAGCAAAUGUUUAAAGAAAAACAUGAAGUAAAUAAUGAUACAUCGACAUGGAAAAAAAUAGGCAGGUAAAACAUGGAUGACAAAUUUGAGAAUACAAAAUCCUUAUCUAAACUUCUUAUUUAUAGCUCAGAAAAUGAUUCUCUAACAUCGUUAGUCGAAUGCUUUUUAAGCUAUAAUAAAUAUGACAUAACUCUCUACCACUCUUCAAAGAAUUUUAGAAAAAGUGAAAAUGUACCCUAUUUUUUCAGUGAAAUGUCAUACCAGACAACUGAAGAGAGAAAAUAAUGUAAUGGGGGGUUCUGGAUCAUGGCAUGAGACCUUAUUUUCUAGUCCCUGUUAGCUAACCAUAAAUUGUGUGACUAACCAAGGACAAUGGAUGUAAUGUUACCAAGUUUUUCUUUCAAUUCCUUAAAAACUUGUUUCACUACCACUCUGUUUAAAAACUAUGGAAUGUCUCUUCUCAAGCCAUAUGCACAGGGAUACAAAGAUAAACUGUGGUUCCUGUCCUCAAAGUGAUUUACCGUAUAGGGCAGGAAACUCUUCUCUGUCAUUCUUCUGAACUCCAGUUAAAUAUGAAGCUGAGUGCCUUUUGUGUUUCUAACUUCCUAUAUAAUGCUACCAUAAACAUUCUUGUAUGUGUUAAGGUGUUUGGGAAUUUUUUUUUUGUCCCUUGGAGGGAUGUGGGCUUUCUGUAAAUAUUUUUUGUAUGAUUGUGAUUAAAUAUGUCCAAAAUAUCCAGACUGGCUCAAGUUUAUACACCCAUCAUAUGAUCAGGUUUCCCUGCAUCCUUAUAAAGUGAGUUGAUUUUGGUAAAUCUGAAGGGCAUAAAGCACUACGUUACUGUUGUUUGAAUUUGCAUUGUUUGAUUACUAACAAGAUUGGGAAGGUCUCAAUAUGUUCAUGAGACACUUUGGUUUCUCACUUUGUGAAGUGCUUCUGCAUAUGCUUUGUUUUUUUGUUGUUGUUGUUUGUUUGAAAGCCCAAUGUCCUAACCACUGGACCACCAGGAAACUGCCCUUUGUCCACCUUUCUAUUAGGUUUUCUGGUUACUUUUGAGAAGUUCUUUAAAAUUUUUAAUUAUUGGUCCUUUGUUGAUGAUAUACACUGCAGAGAACAGAUUCCCGGGUUCCCAUCCAUUGCUGAUGUCUUUUGUUGAACAGAAAUCUUUACAUUUGAUGUGGAGAGAUCCAUCACAUUUCACCUUACAGGUUGUGCUUUCUACAAUCUUGUUAACAAACUCCUCUGUAACCCCAAAGUCACAGAACUAUUUUCCUACAUUUUCUCUGAGUAAUGUUGUGGUUGUACCUUUUGUGUUUAGGUCUGAAUUUCUCUGUGUGUAAGAAUGAUUCAAGUUUUGUUUUUGUUCAUUCAAGUGAGCCAAUUUUGUCAGCACUAUUUGUUAAAUAAUGCAUUCUUCUCCCAGUGAUUCAUGAUAACAAUUUGAUCAUAUAUCACUCCCCAUGGGCAUAACUGGCAUACAGAUUUGUGUCUGUACUCAUUAUAUUCCUGUUUGUUCCUGCAACAGUAUCACAUUUUUUAACAGUUACUUAAAACAUUAUAGGUUUCCAGUAUGUCUUUCUUUUAAUUGGAGUGUGAUUGCUUUACAAUGUUAUGCUUCUGUUGUAUAAUAAAAUGAAUCAUUUUAAUGUGUGCAUAUACCCUCUCCCUUUUGGAUCUCACUCCCAACCCCCAUCCCAUGUGUAAAAUAAAUAGCUAGUGGAAGCUGCCAUAAAGCACAGGAAGCUCAGCUCAGUACAGUAUGUCUUAAUAUCAGGUAGUGUGAAUUUAUUCUCUUCGCUCUUCUUUUUAGAAUUGUUUUUAGCUAUUGGUGGACUUUUCCUUCUUCCAUGUAAAUUUAGAAUUAGUUCCAAAUUCCAUCUAAAGUUUUGUUGGAAUUGCAUUAUAAUUAUAAUCAUUUUAGAGGGAAUUGACAUCCUUAUAGUGUUAAAUCUUUGCUUUCAUAAACAUUGUAUAUUUCUCCAUUUACUUAGGUCUCUUUUAAUGUUCUUUAAAAAAUUUUCCAUAAAGGUUGUAUGCAGUUUUUGUUAAGCCAAUAACUAGAUUCUUUAGUUUUGGUUGCUUUGACAUGCUAUCUUGUUUUCUAAUUGGUUACUGCAUGUUUAUAGAAAGGUUCUGAAUUUUGAAAUAUUGAUUUUGCAUAUAGAAGUGUUUGGGUUUUAAUCUUAGUUUUAAUAGCUGUCUUUCCUUAAUUUUUAAUGUAAGUCACCAUAUAAUUGUCAUAAAUUAUAUACUUGUUUCUUUAUUCCUAGUCUGCGAGUCCCGAAUGACUUUUUUUCUUAUCACAGAAUUUGUCAGUGCUUCCACUACCAUAAAGAGCAGGAAUAGCAUUAGCAGGCAUUCCUUUUUUUGUUCCUAGCCUUAAGUGUAAGACUUCUCUAAUCUCCCUGUCAAGUAUAUUUUCUGUAGGUUUUGGUAAGUAGCCUUUAGCAGUUUUCUUAGUUUUGAAGACUUUUUAUUGUAAGUAGGAUUAAACUUUAGCAGUGAUUUUUUUCUAUAGCUAUUGAAAUAAAUGUGGGCUUUCUCCUAUAAGUCUGCUAAUAUGAAUUCCAUUGGUUGAUUUUCUAAUAUUAUCUUUGUAUUUCUAGGAAAACUGUACCUGUAGAAAAAAAAUUUUUUAACACAGUGUUGGAUUCAGUUAGCUAAUAUUUCACAUAGGAUAUUUGCCUCUACAGUCAUACAUGUGAUUUUCUUUACUUACACCUUCUGUAAGUGGUAUUAAGGUUAUUCUAGUCUUAUAAGUGAGUUGGACUGUUUUUUCCUCUUGUUCUAUGCUUUGCAAAAAUCUGUAUGAGAUAAAAUUAAUCUUUUCUUGAAAGAUUUAGUAAAGGGUUAUCUCUAAAGUCAUUUAGGCUGGCUUGUUUUUGGUGUAUAUGGGAAAUUGCCAUUUCCAUUUUUUGAGUACUUACUAGUUUUUCAUAAGUUUUAAAAUAAUUUUAGUUUUUGUUAAUCUCUAUUUGUUUUAUUUAGCCUUUAUAUUUAAAUUUUUUCCCCUUUCUUCUUUAUGUUUACUCAUGUGGUUUUUGCCUAUGAGUCUUCUAUAAUAAGGAAAAUGAUGGAUUAAAUUACUUAUUAUAUGAAAACACUUAUUUUUAUAAUUUAUAACAUGUAAUGUCACUUUUAUUUGAAAUACAAUAAUUAUAUUAAACAUGUAGUUGUUAUUUGUAAAGUGAUACUGUUAUGAUUUUAAAAAUUCAAAUAAUAUAAAUAAAGCAAAAGUUACCUUUGA